AUAUUAUUGGCCUCUAUUGCUCCGUUAGUUUCUUAAAUCUUACGAAACUGCUGCAGUUCCAGUUAUAGAAAAGGGAUUUUUAGUUUUCGCUUCGCACCAUCAGCAACUCCGUCCAGUUUGAGGAUUUUCAAGAAAAAAGUGUUGUGUGAAUGGGUAGAAGAGAUUGGUCCGGUCUCCCCGACGAACUGUUGACAAAGAUCGGUCAAUAUGUCAGCGGUCACUUCGAUAUGAUCCGAUUUCGCAGCGUAUGUAGGCGAUGGCGAUAUUCAUUGCCCCUUUCUCACACAAAUAAUUGGCAUCUCCAACUCCAAAUUACCCUCCUUAAAGAACCCAAACCCGAUUACCGUAUUCGAAUCCCUUUACCGUUCUAUGAAUCAUACGAUCCUGAAUUAGAAGCUGAAUCAUCACCUUACCAUACAGUGCCUUCAUCUAUUGUUAAAACUACUGUGUGUAUCAUCAAUCAAUCUUCAUUGCUUAAGCUUGAAGAAACCCAACAAGAAGGUAAGUUUCGUAUCAUAAAUCCCAUUUCAGAUAUCCCGCUUAAGGAAUUCCCCAAAGUUUUAAACUUGCUGGAUUACCCAAUAAUGGAAGUAACCCGAGGGUAUAUUUGCAAAAUUAGUCAUUCAAAUGUAUUAAAAGCUGUUGUUUUGCCAGAGUAUGAUGACAAGGUUUGUAUGGUUCUUGUUCUUUGUGACCAUGGAAGGUUGCUUUUAUGGAGAAAUGGGGAUGAACAUAUGAAGGAAAUAAGUAACAAGUUUCGUUAUGAUGAUAUUGCAGUUUAUAAAGGACAAUUUAUUGCCAUAGACAGAUGGGGAACUGUUUCAUUUGUUGAUUCUUCUUCUUUAAAGGUGAUACAAUACACUCCUCCUGUUUUAAGUGGUGGUAAAAAGAAAAAUUUAGUGGUAUGUUCUGAACUACUUUAUGUAGCUGAUAGAUACUUUGAUCGAGCUAGAACAAGUCAAAAUCCUUAUGGUAAAUGGGAUCCAAGUGUGGUUGAUUUUAAGAUUUAUAAGUUGGAUGAAGAUUGGGGAAGAUGGAUUGAGAUUACGAGUCUAAAUGAUCAGAUUUUGUUCUUGGGAAAGGUAUUAAAUUUCUUUGUUCCAAUUAAGGAAGUUAGUGGAUGUAAUAAAGGGAAUUGUAUUUAUUUCAAGGGUGAUGAAUUUAUAGGAUCAAAAAGUCAUGGUGUUUCUGUCUUCGACUUGGCUGAUCGAAGGAUUGGGAGCAUAUUAUCUUUCCCUGGUUGCUCUGAUAUGCUUUGUCCUCCAUCAUGGUUCACUGCAAAUUAAUGUGGAACAUGACAUUAGAUGUAACUAUGAUUUCAGGUCUUGUGUUCAUAAGGUAUCAUUAUGGUAUCUUCUUUAUAUCAACUUUCCUCAUUGCUUGUUUCUAAAGGUGAACAAAUCUGUUUAAGUUUGUUUGCAGCAAGCAAGUAAUGUUCUUGAUUUGUCUUGUUUUAUCAUUAUGUGGAAAAUAAGUGCUUGACUGAUGUUUGUGAAGAA